UGUCCUUCCUCUACGCUCUACAGACAGAUCUCUUUUCUUGUUAAUGAUAUUUCUUGGUGUUGGUUGCUUUUUCAUUUUCUAGGCCCCUCUGGGAAUACAAGACGGAGAAAAAUAAACGGGGGAAAAGAUAAAAAUGACGUUAUAAAAGGAUGGGAGGAUGGUUUGUAUUAAAAAAGUGAUAGAAUGUUGGUUGGAGGAGGGUAAUAGUAAGGAAAGGCGAGGGCAGUUCUGUCAGAAGGGGAAAACAAAGGAGAAAUUUGAGAACAACGUCUGUGAGGGUCUCCGGGUCAAUGUCGUGAUCAGGAGCUUUUCUGGCAGUCACGCCCACGCCAGGGAACGCUCGCUUCCGAUGUAACGUUCACAUCUCGCCACUUAUACUCUCUCUCUCUUCUCUGGGAUUCAUACAAAAUGCACAUGAACUAGAACGGUUGUUUUUCGUUCCCUUCCAAGCUAACAAUCUCACUUCAAUGGCUAUCAACAACUGCGAUGAGGGGAAACUAUACUUCCAGGGGAUUGUGGAUGGGAGUUGCAAUCUACCUGUCAGUUCAUGCUUUCAGCUGCUCAAACCUGGUCUUGAUGAGGUCAACCCACACUGUUCUUUAGAUGUUUUGCCCGUUCUUUUCGAUGAUGCUUCAUUUCCAGUGAGAUUAAAAUGUCCCUUCCACAAUUCACAGGGCCAAGAUGUCUAUAGCAUUUCUGUAUUGCCUGAUGAUGGCAUCACUAAUCCACAAUGUGAAUCACAGAUAGCUUUCUUAAACUUCGUAGAAGUCUCCAAUCCAUUUAAAAGUCAGAUGUGCCCUGACGCCCCAUUGAAUUGCAAGAGCUGCGUUGGUUUACAGAUGGAAAGUUCAGAUACUUAUUCCCCAUGUACUGUGGAUAUGGAUAUUGAGAAGGGAAGUCUGGAAACUCCAAAAUCCAAUGAGGAAACUAUGGGAAGUUUGAAAACUGAAGGUGUAUUAAUUCACUUGCAGAAGGCAUUGCGGAGACAAAAGAGCUUUCAAAUGGGUGGGAAGUUCUUGCAGCUACUGAUGAACCAUGGCCUAAUGUUACUCAAGUUCACUUCUAGAGAUAAACCAGUGACUGAAAGGGUUCAUGACACACCUAACAACAGAUGGAGGAAAUACAAGCGUGCUGCUUCAUUUGAUUCAAGAAAAGUUGUUCUCUUCUUCUCAAUCUUGUCGAGUAUGGGGACAAUGAUAUUGAUUUAUCUGACACUGAGAGUUAGACAAAUUAGUGAUGGGCUUGUUCACGUCUGACGGGUUUUGCUGUGCCUCCCGAAAUUGUGGUUGAUUUUAUUUUACUUUGAAGUCUCUUGAGGACUGCUAAUGGGCUUUGUUGUUCUUCUCUGUACAUAAGUUGUGGUCACUUUCAGAGUCGUAGCAGAUGCUCCCAGUCUCACAACUAUCCAAUUCUUGUUACCCUACCAAUGUAAAAAAAGAUAAUGCAAUGUCUGUAAUUGGAUUUUUUGAGGGGGGCAACGCUACUACUACCACCAUGGAGGCAAGUUCUAUAUUGCUUUAAAUUUUGAAAAUUGUUUUUGCUCUAUUAAAAACAAGUCAACAGAUUAGGUGGAUGUUGCAAGACUUAUUUGCUUGCUAUGUCCUCUUAAGUCUUAAGUCAAGCUGGCCACCAGAAAAGGCUAUGAUUUAAAUGAAAGCAUUUUUCUUGCAA